GUGAGUUAGUUUGAGUUUUUGCUUUGUGGUGUGGUGUCAAGUAGUUGGUGUGCUUGCUUCGUGCGUCUUGCCAACCGCCUGGUCACUCCAAAAUCAUAUCCGACAUUCAAUUUGAAGUGAAUCAAUUUAUAAUAUUCAAUGCAAUUUCCUUUGAAACGUAUCAAAAAUAAGAAAACUCAACUCCUCGGGACUAUAAGCAAUAUUGAAUUGAUACAAAAUGAUAUAGAACAUAUGUGGUUUAUUAAGUACUUAAGAACGAACAAUCAAAAUUGUAAGAAGCAAUUGUGGUGGACAUUUUGCAUAAAGGUUCUAAAAGUUGUAAAUUUUGUUUAAAAUCAAGUAUGAGAAUCGCCCAGCUAUUUGGCUAGCAAAAGGACUGCAAUAAAUAACGAAAUAGUAAAUAAAACAAGUGAAAUUAACAAAAAUAAAAUGCAGCAACAGUAAUUGAAGUGCACAAACCAGAGCUGAUGAAAGCAGCAGCAGCACGUGAAGGAGUUUAAAACAAAGGAGAGUGAAGCCGCUGAAAAUUGUGUUCUAGCAAUUUUCAGGAGCACAGAACCAACGAUAGUUAAAAUUAACGCCCGACAUUUUAGUGCCGGAAUAUUUUGCCAUUCUGUAAUUAAGUACAAAAGUAUAUAAAACUACAAAAUGCUGUGGGACGCAAUCGCAGAAGAGACCAGUGGUGACAUGGCCAUGGAAUUCACAAGUUGUCAAUUGCCACACGACUUGAAUUCUGUCUCGGUCGCUGCCAACAAAAACGCUUCUCCCCAUCAUCACGAGCUUGCCAUUAUGAACAGCUCGCUGCACGAGAUGGCUGUCGAUCAUCAGUUGUCCUUAUACAAUGACGAUGAACGGGUUAAUGAGCUUCAAGAACAACGCUUGCGUUCGACGGCUUUCGAAAUACCCCUACAAAUGGGUCUGCUUUCACCAGAAGGGUCGCCGUGUCGCUUCCAAUUCGUGCAAAAGUCCGGAGUACAUACACAUCAGCGAGAGCUUAUCAACAAUAGCGAAAACAACCAUAAUCGCCAAUCAAUCGCGUCGCGCCUACAGAAGCUACCAAAUACCAAUAUCCAUGCCAACGGCAGCAGCAAAGGUUCCCCAACGGCUGCAAACAGCCUGCGCAUUUUUCACAGUCUUUCUUCUGGUUCGAUGGGGUCUUCAUCGAUGGAGGAGGACUACAUGGAACUCUUUGAAAUGGAGUCACUCGAACAUUCGCUGCAGCCAGCGAAUUCGAUGCCUAAAGUUCCCAGCGAUUUGGAUUCGUUGUUCAUUGGCCAAAUCAAAAGUUUCUUUUCACCCGCACACCGUCCAGCCGAACAGCCAAAAUUGAUAGAACCUUUGAAAACGCCUGAAAUGCGUCGACCCCCAGUACGUCGCUGUCUGAGCAUGACUGAUAACUGCUUGCCGGCGCCAAAGACACCUGAGACACUGCUUAAACAAGUGCAAGAGACUGCAACAAGUCCGUUCGGUGCCAAACAGUUAACAGCUGAGCGUAACAAUACCACCCUUAGCUACUGUUUCAAGCGUCCUGACCCACCGUCGAAGACCACCUCACCCCUACAAAUCAAACGGUACCGCGUUGAAGCGGAUAAAGAAAAUCUCAACGACUCUUUGACAAUGUCGCUGGCUGUACUGGCAACGCCGCAACCUAAGCUGAGUCAUCCCCCUCCAUUGCGCAAGAGCAUGUCAAUGAAUGAUGCUGAAAUCAUGUCUGCGCUAGCCCGAUCCGAAAGCAAGGAUGAACCAGUUCUAAUUGGUGACUUCAGCAGGCCAUUUGCACUGCCGUUGAUGGAAGGUCGGCAUCGCGAUCUGAAAUCGAUUUCCUGCAACACCAUGGCACGUUUACUGCGCGGUGAAUUCGAUGAUGUUGUGGCCUCCUACCGCAUUAUCGAUUGUCGCUAUCCGUAUGAGUACGAAGGUGGCCACAUACGUGGUGCACAAAAUUUGUACACGCACGAACAGAUUAUCGAAGAGUUCCUGACGCAGCAAAAGUCUGAGGAUCAGCAGAAGGCGAGCAAUGAUAAUCGGCGCAACAUUAUUAUAUUCCACUGCGAAUUUUCAUCGGAACGUGGACCGAAAUUAUCGCGUUUCCUCCGCAGCACCGAUCGCGAGCGCAAUACGAAUUGUUACCCAGCACUCGAAUACCCCGAGAUCUACCUGCUGCACAAUGGUUACAAAGAGUUCUACGAGCAGCAUUCGGAUUUGUGCGAUCCCGUCGCAUACUGUCCCAUGUUGGAGCCAGCUUACAAUAGCGCGUAUCGCCAUUUUCGCUCCAAGUCUAAGUCGUGGAAUGGCGAUGGUGGUUUGGGCGGUGCAACUGGGCGACUAAAGAAAUCUCGUUCACGACUAAUGCUGUAGGAUGGGAACAACAAGCCGGAGCCAGAGAAGCAGCUGCAGCAGCCUAUGAGACAAUUAGAAAUUGGUAAAUCCGGUCAGUCGUCGCAAAGCCCUAAAAUAUGAGAAUAUACAUACAUAUUUGUUUAUACAAUUGCAAAGCAGCAGAGAAGGAGCGUGGUUGGCGUUACAAUGCUGCCGGCAGCUUAGGCAAAGCGACGACGGAUCUACAUAGUUGACGUGGCGGUUCGAGUCGUCAAGGAGCAGGGUUGGGAGAAGAGCAAAUUUACGAAUGCAGUACAAAUUCCAAGCUCAGCUUUAAAAAA